CUCACUCAUUCUGCGUGAGUUCGUACGAGCAGCUGUAGAAUUCUCAGCAGAUGAUAAAUACUAGUACUAAUUAUUAAAACAAAAAAGAAGGGAUAAAAGUGCCCUCAGGAAUGGCCCCGUCGGCGAAGGGUAAAGAGAAGGUCAUUGACGGCGGCAAAGGCUCGUCGGGGAAGAGGAAGCGUAACAUCGGCGGUGGUGACGACGGCAAAACUGGUGGUCGGAAACGGAAGAAUCGCGGCGUUCUUCAGUUCUUUGACGAUGCCGCUUACGAAGUUGAUGAGGAUGAUGCCAGUGACGACUCAUUCUUCGAUGAUGAUUCUCUGGAAGAUGAAUUUGACACAGCAGCUGCAGCAAUGCAAUUCCAGUCUGAACCGAGCAGAGCCCCCUUUCUGCCUUUUGUUCCCAAAGUGGAGGAACCAACAGAAGAAGAACUUGAAAAGAUGUUACAGGAACGAUACAAACCAGGCUCUACUUUUGUGACAUAUGCAGAAGACAAUUACGAGAGCAAAAGAACGGUGGAAAUGCCUGAACACUGUCCUUCUGUUAAGGAUCCAAUCAUCUGGAAAGUCAAAUGCAUGGUUGGACGUGAGAGGCAUUCAGCCUUCUGCCUCAUGCAGAAAUACGUGGACUUGCAAUUUCUGGGAAAGAAGCUGCAGAUAAUUUCUGCAUUUACAAUUGAUCACGUUAAGGGUUUUAUUUAUAUCGAAGCAGAGAAGCAGUGUGAUAUUAAUGAGGCGUGUAAUGGGCUGUGUAGCAUAUAUUCAAGUCGCGUUGCACCUGUACCAAAGGAGGACAUUAAUCAUUUAUUUUCUGUUAAAAACAAGAGUAAUGGAAUUUCUGAGGGAAUGUGGGCACGUGUUAAGAAUGGGAAAUACAAAGGUGAUUUAGCACAGGUUGUGGCUGUAAAUUCUGCACGGAAGAAAGUGACCGUGAAGCUGAUUCCUAGGAUAGACUUGAAAGCAUUGGCUGAGAAAUUUGGUAGAGGAAUUACUGCCAACAAGACUGCUAAUCCGGCACCAAGACUCAUAAGCAAUAGUGAACUCGAAGAGUUCCGGCCUCUGAUUCAAUGUCGACGGGACCGUGAUACUAACAAAGUCUUUGAGGUUCUUGAUGGGAUGAUGCUGAAGGAUGGCUAUCUGUAUAAGAAAGUAUCCAUUGACUCGUUAAGCUUUUGGGGAGUAACACCUACAGAAGAUGAGCUUCUUAAAUUUGAGCCUUCAAGGAAUGAAGAAUACAAUGAUCUAGAGUGGUUAUCCCAGCUUUAUGGCGAACAGAAAAAGAAACGUCCUUUACUUAGUGACAAAGGUGGUGGAAAAGGUGAAGGUUCUUCAACGCCAAGCCUGGACACUGAUUUUGAAGUGCAUGAUUUAGUAUUUUUGGGUCGAAAGGAUUUUGGUGUUGUCAUUGGCACGGAGAAGGAUGAGAUUUUCAAGAUUAUCAAGGAGGGCUCAGAGGGACCAGUAGUUGUCACUAUUCCACGGAAGGAGUUAAAGAAUGCAUCAUUCGAUAAGAAGCUAUUCACAGCACUUGAUCAGAAAAUGAAGAAUAUAUCAAUUAAUGACAGAGUCAGAGUUUUGGAUGGUCCAAUGAAGGAUAGAGAAGGCAUUGUCAAGAAAAUUUACAGAGGGAUUAUUUUCUUGUACAAUGAAACUGUAGAGGAGAACAGUGGUUACAUUUGCUUUAAGGCACAGUUGUGCGAAAAAGUUGAGCUUCCUGGUGAAGCACGUAAUGAGAAGGAUGGUGAACAGGAAACUGUAGUAUUUGGGGAUUUUGCUUCUUCUCCUAAGUCCCCUCUCUCACCUAAGCAAUCUGAUCAAGGAAGGGAUGGUAGCCGAAACUUCAACAGGGAAAACAAUACAAUGUUCUCUGUGGGACAAUCACUUAGAAUCCGUGUGGGCCCAUUGAAGGGGUACCUUUGUCGUGUGUUGGCAAUACGGCGGUCUGACAUCACUGUGAAGCUUGACUCUCAGCAUAAAAUACUUACAGUUAAAUGUGAGCAUCUUGCGGAGGUUCGUGCAAAAAGUUCUGGCAUUUCUUUGGGGGAGGAAUCUGACUCUUUAAGGCCAUUUGAUCUCCUUGGUACACAGGAUGGCUCAACAGAUUGGUUGGACGGGACAGCUAAAGCAGCAGCAGGUGGAAAUUGGAAUGCAGAAGGAUUUUCUACAGAAAGGAGCUCUUGGCCUGCUUUUCCUGCAUCUAACUCCUCGCUUUGGACAGAAGCUCAAUCUUCCAAUCCUCUUAUAUCUGUGGAUGAAGCCAACAAAGGUCACUCUUCCUGGGAGGUUAAACCUACUCCAAGUCAAGGUCCAUCAUGGGGUGCAGCUGCAGCAGCUCGACAAACUUCUGGUGACGGUGGACAGGUUGCUAAUUGGGGAAACAAAGAAGACAGUAGUAAGAAAGGAGCUUUUAGUACAAGUUUUGUGGGUAAUGCUUCUGACAGUUGGGGAAAAGCUCUUGAAUCUGCUCAUCAGUCCACUACCCAGGAGCCUAAGGAGGAUUCUUGGGGCCAAGCUGCUGAGAAUUUGAGCAUUAAAGAUGAUUCAAGUGGAAGCAAGUCAGCCUGGAAUGCUUCUGGAGUUGCUCCUGAGAAGCCAACUAUGGGUUGGGGAAAUGCCGAUGGUGGUUCAGAUCAACCAGAUGCAAAUGCCUGGAAUAAAGUUACGACUUCAAAUACACAUGAGACAGGAAACUGGCAGAGCACGAGAAAGGAUGGAGAAGGUGCAGGAGAUGAAAGUGCUUGGAACCAAAGUGCACGAGUCAUUGAUGGUGGAUCUUCUUGGAAUAAACAAGAUGGUGGAUCUUUUGGGAAUAAGCAAGUUGGUGGUUCCUCAUGGAAUAAACCAGAUGGAGGAUCCACUUCUCAGAGCAAGCAAGGUGGUGAAUCCUCUUGGAGCAAACUGGAUGGAGGAUCCACUUCUCAGAGCAAGCAAGGUGGUGAAUCCUCUUGGAGCAAACUGGAUGGAGGAUCCAGUUCUUGGAGCAAACCGGAUGGAGGAUCCAGUUCUUGGAGCAAACCGGAUGGAGGAUCCAGUUCUUGGAGCAAACCAGACCGGGGAUCCAGUUCUCAGAGCAAGCAAGGUGGUGAAUCCUCUUGGAGCAAACCAGAUGGAGGAUCCAGUUCUUGGAGCAAACCUGACGGAGGAUUCAGUUCUUGGAGCAAACCAGAUGGGGGAUCCAGUUCUCAGAGCAAGAAAGGUGGUGAAUCCUCUUGGAGCAAACCAGAUGGAGGAUCCAGUUCUUGGAGCAAACCUGAUGGAGGAUUCAGUUCUUGGAGCAAACCAGAUGGGGGAUCCAGUUCUCUGAGCAAGCAAGGUGGUGAAUCCUCUUGGAGCAAACCGGGUGGGGGAUCCAGUUCUUGGAGCAAACCGGACGGGGGAUCCAGUUGUCAGAGCAAGCAAGGUGGUGAAUCCUCUUGGAGCAACCCGGAUGGAGGAUCCAAUUCUUGGAGCAAACCGGGCGGAGGAUCCAGCUCUUGGAGCAAACCGGACGGAGGAUCCACUUGGAGCAAGCAAGGUCAUGGAUCUUCUUGGAGUAAACCGGAUGGAGGAUCUGCUUCUUGGAGCAAAGAGGUUGGUUCAACUGAAAAUAAAGGUGAUACUGAUCAAGGUGGGAGUUGGGGGAGGUCAGAAUCAUUCGGCAGGGCCCGUGGUUCAGGUGGAAGAAGUGGAAGAGGUGGUCGAGGCGGAAGAGGUCAAUUUGGUAGGGGAAGGUCAUUUGGUCAGGGCGAGACUUCCAACUGGGGAAAAGGCAAUACAGAUGAACAUGGCUUCAGUGGUGAUGCAUCGAAGGGAAACCAUUGGAGUUGGAAUAGUGGUCGAGCAGAUAGUUGGGAUAAAAAUGUAUCCUCUGCUGGAGAUAAAGAGAGUGGUUGGGGCAAGCCAAAUGCAUCAGGGGACAAUGGUGAAUCCAAAUGGAGGGGUGCUACUAAAGAUACUGGUGAAUGGGGUGGAAAAUCUCAUACAGGUUGGAAUGGUGGUCGGGCUAAUGACCAAAAUGAAUCCUCAGAUUGGCAGAAGAAAGAUAAAAGCUGGUCUCAGAAAUCUGAUGACAGUAAAAUGGAUGUGGAGGCAGGCAAAGAUGAUCCCUGGAACAGCAAAAAAACAUCGGAGGGAGGUUCAACUUCAGGUUGGGGUCAAAGCAAGUCAGGUGGAGCAACUGAUGCUGGUGGAGGCUCAUCCUCAGGUUGGGGUCAAAGCAAGGGGGGUGGAGCAAGUGAUGCUGGUGGAGGUUCAUCAUCAGGUUGGGGCCAAAGCAAGUGGAGUGGGGAAACUGAGGCUGGGGGAAAACAAAACUCUUGGAGCAGCAAGAGCAAUUGGAACUCAGACAAUAACUUUGGCAGUAAUGAAGGGCAAAAUGACACUUUUGAUAACCAGGGAAGAGGUGGAAAUUGGAGGGGAGGCCGAGGAGGAAGAUGGGGGCAAGAUAGAGAUGGUUUUGGGCGCAGAGGUUCUGAACGAGGUGACUUUGAAGGUCGUUCUGACCGUGGUGGUUUUGGGGGUAGGGGUAGAUCAGGUAGGGGAGGAUUUGGUGGUAGAGGUCGAUCGGAUAGGGGAGAUUUUGGUGAUUUUGGUGGGAGAGGUGGAUCAGAUAGGGGGGGGUUUCGUGGCAGAGGUGGUUUUGGAGGAAGAGGACGUGGAAGGAGGGAUGAUUGGAAUAAAAAUGAUUCUGAUCAAGAUAAGUCCUACCGCUAUAACAUGUCAAACAAGGACGUGGACUGGAAAAGUAGUAGUGGUGGAGGUAAUUGGAAUGAUGGAGAUCGUGACAAAGGCCAAUGGCAGAGUGCGAAUUCAGGUUGGGUGGCUGCUGGGGGAGGAGAUAGUGCUCGAGCUGGUGGAUGGAACAAAGGAAACGAUAAUGCUGGUGGCAGUUGGGAUGAUGGAGUUCAUGGCAAAGGCCAGUCGCAGAGUGGGAAUUCAGGUUGGGCAGCUGUUGGUGGAAGAGAUAGUGCUCAAGCUGGUGGGUGGAACAAGGGAAGCAAUAGUGCUGGUGGGAUCGGUGCCCAAUCUAGUGGCUGGAAUCAUGGAGCUAUAGAUGUAGCUAGUGGUGAUAAGCCUAAUUCUGGGAAAAAUGGGUCUUGUAGUAAUGCUGGUGGAUGGGUAAGCAACAAUAGUGGAGGCAAUUGGCAAGCUGGUGAUACGAAUCAGUGGCAAGGUGCUGGUUCAGAUGGGAAUAAAUCAAAGGAGCCUGCUGAAAGUGGAGACAUUGAGCAAGCUGGUGGCUGUACCGGAGGACUUGGUUUAAGCAAAGAUGUUAGUGGAAGUGAUACUAAUUCCGGUUGCUGGAAUAGCCAAAAUAAUAAUUGGAAAACAUCAAAUUCUUCUGGUGGAGCCACAUCAUCUAGUUGGAACCAACCGGCUAUGGGGAAGGGGGAAGGUGCUGGCACAGCUGAUGCUUGGGGUAAAGCACCGGCAAGCUCCUGGGGCCAGGCAAAGGAUGGAAAUGAUAAAGGGGGUUGGUAACUGCACUAUAAAGGUUAGAUGCUAAGAAGCCCUUGCACCAAAGCACAGAUGGUGACUGUUCACUAAAAAUCUUCUAAAAAACUUUGGGGGUUUGAAACUAUAUCUUCAUCUUUGUCCGUUGUGUAGAAAGCCAUGAAACCUUUGACAAUUUUCUGGAUGUUUUCAGUACUGCUGUAUGACUUUUCAGCUGUAUAUAAAGCUAAUUGUCGGUUUUUGAUGAA